UCUAAAGAAACUUGUGAGUAUCCUGAUAAGUGGUAAGGAAAUGGGGUAGUCGUCAUUUUAUAAAUUUUUACCACAAUAAAAGCCCAAAAACCUGCUAGUAUGGUAGAAAGUAACCGCGGAAGCCUAUUGAAUAAAGGCGGAUUUACUAUCACUAUGUUUACACCACAUUUGUAGCGAUGAAAACAUAACCUGAAUCGUACCUGAAUUAAGAUCAUAGAAUUAAUAAGAUAGUCGAUUUUCUAGAAGAAGAGUCCAAUCAUCCCAAUUAUUACUUAAGACUGUUAAAUAAAAGCUUCGGAUAAUAAGUUGGGGCCGGUUUAAAGUUAAAUUAUGGGAAAGGUCAGCUUACAGAUUAAAGCAACGUUAGAAAAUGUCGACGAAAUUGCUCCAAAUCACCCCGAUUACAAUUAUCUCUUGAAAAUGAAAUGUACAAAUUGUGGAGAAGUCUCAGAUAAAUGGCAUGAUGUUUCAGAAGCACGCACUUAUCCCACAAAGAUGGGAAAAAAAGAUACUCACUUUUUGGCUAAAUGCAAAUUGUGUGGAAGAGAAAGUAGUGUUGACAUUGUUCAAGGAAGUAAUGGAAGCUACACACUUGAGUGCCAAGGCAACUUCAAAUCCAUCGUAACUUUUGAAUGUAGAGGUUUUGAACCCAUUGAGUUUUCACCAGGCCCAGGCUGGAAAGUUAAAGUUAGGGAAACUGGAAAUGUAUUUGAUGCUGACUUAAGUGAAAAAGAAUGGGUGGAGUAUGAUGAAGAACUCGGGGAAUCGUUUGGAAUUUAUGAAUUUGCAAGUCAAUUUGUUAAAGUUAAAUAAUUUGAAUUGAAUUUAAAAGGUGAAACCUCAACUUUGGUUAUUACAGUAGAAAAUAUGAGAUAGAAGUUGGGAGUUCUAUUUUAAACACUUACAAUGCAUUCGAAUGAUCACUUAGCAAAUACUUUCAACAUGUAUAUGUUGUAAGUUAAGAAUAUUUAUAAAAACUAACUUGGAAUAUUUUGGAAGAAGUUUCAAACUGCUGGCUCAUUAAACUAUACUUUAGUUAAGAACGUGUCUCAUUACGAAUUUGUUUCUUCACAUUUUAAACAUUUUCACUAUUACAGUUUAAUGCGUCGUACAGUUUUAUUUUACAUAUAUUUACUAGUAUUUAAUAUAAAUUAAGAGAAUGAACAGAAAAAGAUAAGGUUAUAGUCUUUUUGAAUUUGAAGUAUUUUACUCAAUUGACAGUACACGCCACCUGUUUUACUAAAUGUUUACUACUUUAAAACUAUAUUUACCAGUGGCGCACUGGAAACAGUUCUCAACGGGUUUCUGAAGAAAAAAAACUGUAAAUAUCAGAUUAAAGUUUAUUUAAUUAUAAUAAAAGAUCUUUGUACAAUAUUUACAGUUUGCAAAUGUCGUAAUUUACUGUAUAUAUUACAGAAAUAAUGUACAAAACUCUGUUUCUUUUUAAAUAAAUAAUUUUUAUCACACGUGAUAAAUGAUAAAUCGUACAUACAUGAUUAUAGUUAUAAAGUGUUUUUUUUUAAUUAUGGAAUGCGACACAACUACAAAUUUGUUUUCAAAACAUGAAGUUGUUUCGCAGAAUUAUUUAUUUUUUUAUACGUCGCUGCCGAUUUUUGGCAAUUAUAAAAUUAAAAUAAGUGACUUCUUUUGAACAAUGUGUUUAUACAAAUUAAUAAAUAAUGUUGAGUCGUGGCAGUAUAAUUA